UUUAUUUGUGGAACAUCAAGCAGACGACAUUCAGUAGUGUCUAGUUACCUAAAGAAAAGUGUCAGUUUUUCUGUAGUUUUGGUCGAGUGGCUUGCUUGAAAUUAUGUCCAGUUGCUCCGCGUCUGAUUUUAUAAAAUCAUGUCUGUCUCUGUAUUUGCUGAACAGUGAGACAGAUUUUUCCUGUGUAGUAGGUACCACCGGAGGAUGCAUUGAAGGAAGCCCAAAGAAGUGAAAUAUUUUAUUGGGGAUGAAUCAACAGAUCCUAACAACAACAUUACCAUGACGAAUGAAGAUCUCCUGCAGCCUGGACACGUAGUGAAGGAAAGAUGGAGAGUUGUGAGAAAAAUUGGUGGAGGGGGUUUUGGCGAAAUCUACGAAGGAUUAGAUCUGGCCACACGAGAACAAGUUGCUCUCAAAGUGGAAUCCUCAAGACAGCCAAAGCAAGUCCUGAAGAUGGAAGUAGCUGUCCUUAAAAAGCUUCAAGGAAAAGAACACAUUUGCCGAUUUAUAGGAUGUGGCCGUAAUGAAAGAUUUAAUUAUGUUGUUAUGCAAUUGCAAGGGAAAAAUCUUGCAGAACUACGAAGAGCUCAGGAGCGUGCAGCGUUUUCACUAUCUACUACAUUACGUCUAGGCCUUCAGAUACUUAAAGCAAUUGAAAGUAUUCAUCAAGUGGGCUUCCUUCAUAGAGAUAUUAAACCAUCAAACUUUUCCAUUGGUCGAUUUCCUCACAAUAGUCGGAGGGUGUAUAUGCUUGAUUUUGGAUUAGCUCGUCAGUAUACCACUGCCACUGGGGAAGUUAGAGCUCCGAGAGCUGCUGCCGGUUUCCGGGGUACUGUUAGAUAUGCUUCAAUCAAUGCACAUAAAAAUAAGGAAAUGGGGCGUCAUGAUGAUUUGUGGUCAUUAUUUUAUAUGUUGGUUGAAUUUGUGAAUGGUCAAUUGCCAUGGAGGAAAAUCAAAGACAAAGAACAAGUUGGACUGAUGAAAGAAAGAUAUGAUCACCGCCUUUUGCUCAAACACCUUCCUUCUGACCUAAGACAGUUUUUAGAACAUGUUCAGAGCCUAGAAUAUGCUGAUAAGCCUGACUAUGCUAUGUUAAUGGGCUUAUUUGAGCGCUGCAUGAAACGAAGAGGGGUGAAGGAAAAUGAUCCAUAUGAUUGGGAAAAGGCUGGAAAUUCUGUAGACAAUGCCCUUCCUCCCACAAAUACCUCCACUUCCCCUGCAAUCAUUAGCCGCACUGCACCAGGUGCUCAUGUUGGCCAUCAUGGUACUAAUAACAAUCAAGAAAACAUUGAGCCAGAUAACAAAAAAGAGUUGGAGGCGCAACUAGAUUCAGCUGCUAACUUUAGAAGGUGGCUUCGACUUCAUCCCUCUCAACAGGAGACUACCACUCCACCUCUUAGUGCAGAAACAAACCGUGAUAAUAUGGUCAUAGAUAAAAACUGCAAUGCAACUCAGCCCUCAGACCUUAAUAGUUCUCAAGCUCAACAGCAAGGUUCCCCCAAGAAGCAAUAUCCUCAAAGAAGGGCAGUUUCUAUGGUCGGUGUUGAAUCACAACAGCACAGAACAUCUGGAUUGGAUAGCCUCGAAGCACUUUAUUCUGGUUUACCUAGUGCUACUCCAAACCACACUGAGAAAGGAAUUGAUUGUGAAGGAGAUGCAGUUAUGGCAUCAGCCCGAUCACAAUCUGACCGAGCUCGAAAGGUAGCAGGUGCCAAUCAAAAUCAAGCACGUAAAUCAGCAGGUGCUACAUUUGGACGGCUAAGAGUAGUUACAGCUCCUGCUACUUGUGUACAAGAUCUUGGUAAUCAAAAAGCUGCUAGCAAUGGAAGUGUGGCUGCUGAUGGGGAAACUGCAAGUGGGCCGGCACACACCCCUGGGACUAGCACUCCAGGUGCAAGUACUCCUGCCGAUGUAGAAUUGCCAAGCCCGCGUGUCAGAGAAACCACCACUGAGGCUGAUUAUUCUUAUGAUACCAAACCGGAAUCAUCUGCUGGAGGGGGAGCUGGUGGCUCUCCAGUCACUGAUCAGCGGGAACCUCUGCGAGAAAGAUCAGCAUCCAGAGAACACAGGCAGCGGCGGGCUGUAUCUGCUAGUAGGCCUGUUAGCUGCAAAUUCAACAACAGAGAUGCAUCAUUUACUCAAUUUGCUGUAAUUGAUGAUGACAACGUGUCUGCGCUCCAACAAGUCACCAGAGGUGGUGGAGGCCUUACUUUAGCAUCUCAAUGGAAAUCUCAGUUUGAUGAUUCUGAAGAGACUGAUAAUGAGUGGAGAGGGGAGAACCUACAGAGUCCAGAACACCGCCAGAACACAUCUUCUCAGGCUGCUUUCCCAGUUGAUGGAGCAGUGUCAUUGGCAAUGAGUGAAUCAUCAAAACCUCCUGCGGUGCCAAACAAUACAUCCCAGGUUAUUGCCAAUCAAACUACUAUCUCGCCUCCACCUGGGAAAACAACCACUGCACAGCAAUUGAGUCGUAUCAGUGAGGACUCAAAGCAAAGCCAUCUUCUUUCCCCUCAGCAGGAAACUCAUCUUGCAACUGUAACAACAAACAACACUGAAAAUUUGUCAAAACCUCAGGGGGUGGUAAACACUGCACCGCACUCUGCUCGUGCAGGAUCUCCUCGUUGCCUUAACAUUGCAGGCAUAGAGAAUUUCAAAGAACUGCAGGGUGCUCUUCCUCGGGCCUGGAGUCUACCUCAGCUAACUGAGGUUAUCAGGCCUGGUUUGGAACCACCACUGCUACAACAGGCUGCAUUUGAUGAACUUGUGUAUGAAGUAGACAUAAUGCGUAAUAUGGCUACUCGCCAUACUCAGGAUGAGAAAGAAGCACAAGAAAAAGAAGCUUUUCGCAGACCAAGCCUACCUAUACUUCCACUAAGCUCUCCUGAUCAGAGCGAACCUGCUGCUAAGCCACCAUCUGAACAAGUUCCUGAUACAUCACUAUCAGUAAUUCCUCACAGUAGCAGUGGUAACAAUAAUAUGGCACAAGGGAAGUCCUCUCCACCCCAGUCUCAUCCUUUAAUAAAGACAGAGAAACCACUCAGUCAUGAUGCUGAAGAAAAUGCUGGGGAAGAGGAGGAAGAAGAAGAAGAUGAAGACGAAGAUGAUGACGAGGUUGAGAAAAGACUUGAGCCUGUUGCGGGCCGAUUAGAGAUUCGUGUUGUUGAUAGAGGCGCCAGUGAUCGGCCUUCAAGUGCCAGUGAUCAGUUAGUAAAUGGUGGAAUUGCAACGGGACCAAUACCUUCUCGCGCCAGCAGUGCUAGUCCCAAUUUGGGCUUAAGACCAGCAUCAGCGCCAACCCAGCAUGCUGCAAACCCCCAUGUAACCAGGUCUCAGCCUCCCUUGCCUGAAGGAGUAAGGGUUGUCAGAGGUCUCGCCAAUGGAGGUAGCAGCCCUGUCAGUCCUGGGGCUGGACUUGAUGACCCAUCAGUUUACUUUGAUGCUCCUGAAGACCAGGUGUGUGGGGAUGCCAAACCUCGUCCUCUCUCUGCUCAUGUUGUCAAUAAUGUCCGAGGGUCUUCAGAGACAGCAAAUCAGGCAAGUUCAAGCGACAGUGGAACUACUGGCUCUUCUGCCCCAGUAUUAAGGAGAGCCACCCAAAAUCUGCCACCAGUCGUGGAAACUUGUCCACCAGCAAUGUUUAUGGAUGGGCAACAACUACCUCCAGGCCGUGUUGUAAGGCGACAUUCCAGUCACUCAAGUGUCACUGGCGGUGGAAGUGCCAGCAGUAGCAGCAGUGUUGCCGCUGCAGUCAAAGGAAGCAAGAUUCCUGUCCCUGUCACAAGAAGCCCUCGUGCUUCACUUGUGCUGAGUGAACAUAGCUGGUGUACUGAUGAAGAUCGCUUGACUCGCCGUUUGAGUCAACUUAUAAUUGGACCGGUGGGUGCAGAUGAUGCACCCAAUGAAUCAGAGCAACUUCUUGAGACAUCACCUUCCUCCAUGUCUGUACCUUUGAGACGUUGUCAAACCGUUCCUGAUGCAAGAUCUUCAAAUAACAAUUCAUCGGCUGAAGAUGAGCAAGCCCUAACCGGUUGCACACCUGGCCUUCGUAAAAGACGUGAAAGAGCCGAAAAGUAUGUGACUGAUCAGUCACAACUCAAUUUGCGGUUCCAUCGACCUCAACGACAUCGUCAACGACCUGUGUCUGAAGUGGUGGGUUCAUCAGUUCAGACUCCCUCUCAAACAACUCAGCAGCAAAGGCAGAGGGUUAGUGCUCCCCCUGGUGCACCGGGAAACACCGGUAGUCGUGAUUUACAUGGAAUUCCAAGUAACCUUCUGGGUCCAUUUCCGGGCGAUCACUAUUCUUCAGACUCUUCUGAUUCUUCUGGUGACAAUGUCCCUCCAAGUGGAACCCCACAGCCAUAUCCUCCUCCUCUCAGUGAUUUGCCAAACAAACCAUCAGAAAAUAAUGCUAGGUGUCGUCGUUUCCAUCCUGUGAUAAAUGAUGGUGCAACAUUUGAUUCGUGAAUAUGACUCCAGUGGGAGACACUUUGAAAACCAAACCAAACCAAAGAACAUGAGCACAGUACUUAAUAUUUCUAAGGUUAUUAGCUUUAAACAUUUUAAUUAUAGUUUGGUGCUAAACAAGAAUGGAAAAAAUGUGAAGCAUGUAAGACAAGAAGUCAUCAAUCUACCCCUAUUUAAAGUGGUUUAAAAACCUAAAGUUCAUGAAAAAGUGAAAGGAAGCCGGAGGCCGGAUUGCUGGUGUGGUUUUCCUCUCCCCCUUGGUUUAUGUUGUUUUCUCAAGCUUCCAUUUUGAAGAUUUUACUAACUCCCUUUGACUAUAUAUCUAUUUCAUUAAAGUGAUAUUAUGUCUAACUUCUGAAAGAAGUGUUAUAAUAAAGCAAAUAGUGUUUUCACUUUGCUAAUUAAUGAGCAAUAGCAUAUUAAAAUAAAUUGUAGGAUUUUUCCUAUGUGGUAGUGUUUUGAUCUGACUAGGCAACCCAUCUUUCUUUUCCUUUUUUUAAAAGUGUGCUGUGUAUUUUGUUUUAGCUAAACACUAUGAAACUGUGCACACUCGAUUCAUGUAGAAAAUGUGGGUCAUUUCUCAGUUUGAAAAUCAUUUUGACACUUUGCAUUCAAACUGUUAUUAAAGUUGUCAUUAUGCUCUCAAUGUUGAACAUGUGAUUUUAUGAAUUGUAUAAUUGAGUGUUGCAUAAUAAGUGAUGCUAAGUUGUUGUAAACAUCUCUAUUGCCUACAUGUCACCUCUGUCUUUCUUUAAGCAACCUUUUCUUAAAAUUCAAACCAAACAGUUAGUCUGGUGGGUUUUCUUUAAUUUUUGGAUGCAUUGGUUUAUACAGAUUUUGGAAUCACAUUUUAAGGGGUGUGUUAGAUUGGAGUAUGUCAUAUGGCUUGAAUGAUUGAGUUUGACAAAUCAUAGUGAUUGAAGAAUAGGUAUGACAGUCCAUGACAGAUGUAAUAUACUGACUUGAAUAUUGAAUGAAUUAUGUGAUGAUUUAUGUUGUUUAUAAUUAUUUUUGUAUGCUAAGUCAGACUUUUUAUACCUGCGAUAUUGAUCAAUCAAUUCAAUAAUUUUUUUUAUUUCUUUAUGUUUGUUUUUGUUUUAGCCCCUACUUAUAGUAUGCUACUAAAUUCUGAAAUUUAUCGCAUGCAUGUAAGCAGUUCACACAAAAUACUAUUGUUUUACGGGGAUGUUAAUUGAAGUGUUGGAAGGAAUCUUGUUUUUUUUUUAAAUGUUGCACUUUGAUGUACUGAUUGUAUUUUAUGGUAUUGGCAGACUGAAUGUCUGACUUCACCAAAUGUCCAGGAGACUCAUGGCCAACUGUGGCAGGGAAUUCAAUUCCUUCCUCAAUUCUUCAAAUAAUUCUAUAAUACUCCAACUAUUAUUGUAGUUGUCCUUUUGUUUUUACCAAGUCACUAUUAAUAUUGUCAAUGGACUCCAAGACCCAUUUAGCUGUAAUGAAUAAUAGAUCGAAGCUAGUUGUUUCUAUAGAAAGAGAGAGAAAGAGAAAGAGAGAAAAAGAGGUCCACCAACUUCUUUUUCUGAUGUGUAAGGCCUUUGUUCGUGCCAUACAUUCCUUGGUUUUCUGCUCAAUUCCACUUGUCCUCAUAGUUUUUCAUAUCUUGCACAGAAAGGUCCUAUGGCUGUUAUGGGGAUCUAUCAGUUUCAGCUUUAUUGUGCCAUUAUAUGAUAUAAUUUUAUUUUUUGCACAAAGAAUUUUCAGUGCUGAAUCAUAUUUGUCCUAUCUGUAAGUAAUUCAAGUACGUCAUAUGGUUCAUUUGCCUCAGUAGCAUAGGUAGAAAAGCUCAAGGAUAUUUGAUGCUGUAAAGUGAAAUUGAAUCUUGCAUUUGGUAUAAUGAACUAUCACACAACAACAUAACCUUGUUGUAGAAAAGUUUUUCAUCUUCCCUCAUAUUGUGGCAGAUAUGAGAAUAGUUUCUAAAAUGUUGUUAUGGAUGCUUAAAUGGACUGCUCUGAACCUUCAACACAUCUAAUUCUGGCAUAGAAAUAUCUCCCACUUAUAAUUUCAAUUGGUUCUUCAAUUCAUCAUUGAUUCCCUUUGCCUCAAAAAUGUUUUGUUUUUUUCUAACUGGGUUCCUUCAAGCAUAUUGAGCAGAAACAAGGGACAUUGCUUAACUUACGAUCUCUAGCUUGUUAUCAUCACAGGGGAUGUUCCUUUUGUGUGACGUAUCCAUAAUAUAGUCAUCGUAAUAAUUUUAAGUAUCUUUUAUGCCAUGUUUUUUUCUCAGUCAGUUUCUAGUCACUGUCCAAUAUUGUUUCUAAUUUACUUGAGUAUGUAUGUGUGUGGCUUGCAUGAUGUAUGCAAGAGUUUGUUUACUUUUACAGGAUCACCUGUAGCAGGUGUAGGCAUCUCUAUCUUUCUCUGGACCUGCUUAUUCCUGAUAGAAAAGAAAAUGUUUGUGAAGCAAACCAAAACUUUCUCACCCCUCUCAUACCUGUAGUCUGAGUUAAUUCUUACAUUUUCUGUUGUUAAUGAUUGCAUCAAGUGAAAAGUAAUAUUAUUGUGAACAGAAGCCUGGACAAAAAAUAAUCGUCCAGUCAUGACUAAAAAUGUGAAGGGAAAAAUUAAAGAUGUUCAACAUAUGACAAGAUUAUCUAGUCUACAUGCUGUGAUUAGAAGACCUUACACAUGUAGGGGUUUCAGUAGUACUGCAACUGUUCCAAAAUUUAAAUUCUUUUAAUUUUGUUGACACCGGGCUGAACUUAAAAAUGCUCUCCUGGUUGGAUGUACCAGUUUGCAAGAAAUCAUUUGUUGUGAAAUGCUCAAGUUACUAUUUUUUAUUUGUUUCUACAUUUCAUGUGUAGGGGGCAAACAUAGUGUAUGAUUGUUGAAGCAGAUCAGUAAAUGAACCUAUGCUUCAAAUCUGCAAUCAUUGUCUGUUCAGUUGCUAAAGAUCUCUUUGUUUAAGAAAAGAUUUUUCUGUCUAGUCACAAAUUUGUCAUAGAACAUUGAGGACUAACUGUAUUUGCUUGUCACAUUUGUAGUGUAUGUUAUUACUGUAAUGAUAAGAUCUUUGAAUCAGAACCCUUUUCUUCAGCAUGAUUUGAUUCUAUCAGGGGUAUUUAUUAUAAAAAUACUACCAUGAAAUCUGUGAUUAGUUGAGAUUAUUGACCAGAGCUGGGUGAUUGUGGUUUUACUCAUAUUUGUGAGGUGAUUAGCUGGCUUUCAAGGCUGUCAGCUUCAGUUACUUAAGUAAUUAUAGGUAUCCAGCUUAAAUUAAUAAUAACUUGUAGAUAUUGUCAUGCUAUUUAAUGAAUCGUUAUUUGAAUCAGAAUCAACAACUAAUUUUCUUUACACAAGUGUGUUUAUGGAUCAAAAUGCAUAAUAGAAAGUAGGAUGUAAUAUUCUUCCCCAACCAACUGGAUACCCCUUCCCAUAAGCACCAGAUUUUUUUGAUCAAAUUAUUGUGUUUACCCAGUUGUAGACCGCACUUAAUUUCUAUUUUUGAAGCCUAAAAAUGAGGCCAUGGGUAAUAAUUUUGUGCAGCCCUUUAACACUUUUGAAUAUGGUGUAUAAGCGUGUAAAUACUGCAUGUCUUUCCAAAUUUGGACAUAUAAUUUUGUCUAGACUGUCUCUGGCAUUAUUCUUCCAGAAAUAUUAGAGGCAUGGCUGGGAAGAAUAGCUGUUUCAUUUUACUUGAAUGUAUUGAACUGGUAAAAUUGUUUUACCAAAGAAGUUUUAUAAUUUUUUUUAAAUUUUUUUUAGGGAUGAGUGUUUGACUAUAUUUGCCUGUGCAACUGGCAUGUGCUUGAGAUGAAUCACUGACAAUUGUGAAUGUGUGUGUCUUGAAGAAAGAGGGUAUCAAAUCAAUUUUUGACAAAUAUCUGAUUGAUUUGUGUUACUGUAUGAUGCAAACUUAAUGUUCCAAUUUGUUUCAUGCUUGUCAGUUAUUUUGGAAUCCUUUUUCCACCUAUGUACAUAAGUCUUCAAAGAGAUUUUUCUGUAUAUUUUGUUUUUAUUACUUAUCCUGAAGCUAAAUGGUAGUCAAAGAAAGCUAUGUGGCUUGAUGGGAACGUUUUGAUGAAAUAAAUUAUUGGCCUUUCAUGAA